AUCGAGGCUUCUUGCACUAGCUUGCUUGCUUCUCGCCGUAUUUGUGUAAAUUCGGCUUCCGGAGCUCGUACUUUGUCCACCCGACCGAAGAAACCCGAUCAUUUACAUUUAUGGAGUCAUCAUUUACAGACACGGACUGUGGACUGCACUGAUGUAGCAGAAAUCCUCUUCAUUCACUCACUACCUCGACUUUGACGCCCUCCUCUCACCUCUCGCAAAGCAAGACAAGCAAGGAGUGACAGCCAGCCAGCCAGCCAGUCCAGACGCUUUGUUCUGACUGAGGGAAUUACUGCAUCGAUUAGCACUGACCUCGCUCACCGCUCUCUCGCUGUCUGCUUCUCUCGCCAAAAAGGCAUCGCAGCCGACAGCAGCAACUGAGGAAAGACUGGCAGUCUUUUUUCCCCCCUCCUUUCUCUUCCCUUUCGUACAUGUUUUAGUAUCUUUUGUCUUCCAAGAGAGAACGACUGGAUUGUUGGCACUAGAUUGAAGCCAUGCUGAUCAAAAUGAACUUGGAGAAUUGAGCCUUGCAAAACAGACCUUGGCAGAUGUCCUUACAAGAGUCUUCCUGCACAGCUUCCUGAGGAACCUGCACAUCCUGCGUAGCCCCCGCCCUUCCCUCCUCGCCUUACUGGACUAGCUGUGGCUGUGCAGUGCCUGCUCAUAGUUAGUCUCUCCAGCUAAUCCUCCCCACCUCCAAAACCCCUCUUCACUUUGCUUUUUUCCCGCCCCGACGGGUGUGGGGUCCAGUCCGGUUCUGGUGCCGAAUCCGGGCGCGUGGGCUCGACUCGCUUGCUAAGCUGGGGCGCGACUCAUGGGACGCGAGCAUGUCGGAUCUGGGAGAGCGCCGGCCGGUCAACACGGACUACGCCGUCUCGGUCCUGGAGCAGCUCAAGUUCUUCUAUGAGCACAAGCUCCUCACCGACAUCACGCUGCUGGUGGAGGACAAUGAGUUCCCCUGCCACAAAAUGGUGCUGGCCACCUGCAGCUCCUACUUCAGGGCCAUGUUCAUGAGUGGUCUGAGCGAGAGCAAGCAGACGCACGUGCACCUGCGCAACGUGGACCCAGGCACCCUGCAGACCAUCAUCACCUACGCCUACACUGGCAACCUGGCCAUCAACGACAGCACCGUGGAGCCCCUCUACGAAACCGCCUGCUUCCUUCAGGUGGAGGACGUUUUACUGCAGUGCCGCGACUACCUGGUGAAGAAGAUCAACGCCGACAACUGCGUGCGCAUGCUGAGCAUCGGCGACAUGUUCAGCUGCACGGAGCUGAAGCAGAGCGCCAAGCGCAUGGUGGAGCACAAGUUCCCCGUGGUGUACCGGCAAGAGGCCUUCCUGCAGCUCUCCCACGAACUGCUGCUGGACGUGCUGAGCAGCGACAACCUCAACGUGGAGAAGGAGGAGACGGUGCGCGAGGCGGCCAUGCUCUGGCUGGAGUACAACAUGGAGGCGCGCUCGCAGCACCUCUCCUCCGUGCUCAGCCAGAUCCGCAUCGACGCGCUCUCGGAGGUGACGCAGCGCGCCUGGUUCCAGGGCCUGCCGCCCAACGACAAGUCGGUGGUGGUGCAGGGCCUCUACAAGUCCAUGCCCAAGUUCUUCAAGCCACGCCUGGGCAUGACCAAGGAGGAGAUGCUGAUCUUCAUGGAGGCCGAGCACCCCAGCAGCAGCGAGGUGACGGUGGGAGGCUCGCAGUACGCCGUGGUCUGCUACAGCCCGCAGGCCGAGAAGGUCUACAAGCUGCGCAGUCCGCCCGGAGACCUCCAGAAGGUGGGCACGCUGGUGACCUCGGACAACGACGUGUACAUCGCCGGCGGCCAGGUGCCGCUCAAGAGCCCCCUGGCGGCGGCGACCAGCAGCCACGCCCACCACGGCAAGGCGGGCAAGAUGCAGGCGGCCUACCGCGCCACCGACAGCUUCUUCUGGUUCGACGCACAGCAGAAUGCCUGGGUGGCCAAGACGCCCAUGCAGUGUGCCCGCACGCGGCCCGCGCUCGUCUACUGCGAGGGCCACAUCUACGCCAUCGGUGGCGACAGCGUGGGCGGCGAGCUGAACCGGCGCACGGUGGAGCGCUACGAUCGCGAGCGCGAUGAGUGGACCAUGGCCAGCCCGCUGCCGUGCGCCUGGAGCUGGAGCGCCGCCGUGGCCGCCCGCGAGCGCAUCUACGUCAUGAGCCACGACCUCACCUACUGCUACUUCCCCCGUGCCGACGCCUGGGCCGAGAUGGCCUCGCGCCGCACAAGUCGCUGCUUCGCCUCGGCCGCCGCACUGGGCGACCAGAUCUUCUACGUGGGUGGCCUGCACGUGGUCAGCAACUCCGGCACGCGGCCGCAAGCCAGCACCCUGGACGGCUCGGCCGUGACGGUGGAGGUGUUCGACGUGGGCAAGAACGAGUGGCGCUCGGCGGCGAGCAUCCCCGCGCGGCGCUACUCGGACCCCUGCGUGCGUGCCGUGGUGCUCUUCAACCAGCUGUGCAUCUUCAUGCGCGAGACGCACCUGAACGACCGCGCCAAGUACGCCCUGUACCAGUACGACGGCGAGCGGGACUGCUGGUGCCUGAGGCAGCCCGUGUCGGAGCGCGUGCUCUGGGACCUGGGUAAGGACUUCCGCUGCGCAGUGGGCAAGCUCUACCCGUCCUGCCUGGAGGAGUCGCCCUGGAAGCCGCCCACGUACCUCUUCUCGCCCGACGGAGCUGAGGAGAUCGAGAUCGACGGGGAGAUCGUCUCCUUGCCACACGUAUAGCUCCAGCUCCACCAGAGGUGUGUCAAUCCUGCUGUUGAGAGUUUUUUACAAAAAAAAAGCCCUGCCCCACAAAUUUUUGAUCCAACCUGCUCUGAAUAAGCUGAUGAGUAUCCAAAACUGGGUAGACCACUACUGCCCUACAAAGCAAAAAGGCAGUAACUGCAUUGCUGUUUAAAAUGACUAACUAACUUUAAUGCCAUAUAUAUCAAAGUCUACAGAUAAAUAAAAUGAUUGAUUUGGAAAAAGGGUGGUAAUAUAAAGUAACAAAACUGUCAGAUUUCAAUAUCCCAAAAACCACUUAUACUGGAUUGCAGCAUCAUUUUAAAGUCAACUGACUCAGUUUUGAGCUCUGCACAGUUACUGCCUUUUUGCUUUGUAGGGCAGACUAGGUGUUGCGGGUUGACAAAUGUCUCGAUUAGAUCACCAUUUUUGUUCUGGGGUAACGAACGGUGUUGGAUUGAAUAUCAAUCGCCAACAAAACCGUAUGCAAAUUAUCCUGUAGGUGGCGAUGAAGGAGGCACCUUUCAUGCCCAUUCCAGAAGGCUUAAACGCCAUUCCAAAAGGCUUAAACGCAAAACGCGACCUCUCCUGUUCUGUAUCUAUGCAGGUAGACCAGUUACUCAGUGACGUCACCCGUGUCGGAAGGAAACGGUGGCAGGGUUUUUCUUUUAACUUCCUGGAAACUGGGGUUUUGACACACCUUCUAGCCGACAACCAACAACCUUCACCCCUCCCACAGCCCCCUCACAUCAUUGUGCUUCCUCUCUUAAGACACCAAACCCAACAACAACAACAAUUUCUCCUCCUCAGCCCUGAAAAGUGUUGGAACUGCUUCUUUUCACAGGGUGAGGAGGAGUUUGACUGACUAAACUGGACAAAGAUGGAUGAGGCAAAAUGCAUGCAAAUGCGUUGCAGGAAAGCAGUUGUAACAAAACACAAACUGUGCUGAUGGGGAGGACUCUGGUGUCAAUGGAUGGCCAGGGUGAGCUUUUCCGUUAAGCUGUGUGUACUACAAGGCAUACAGCACCACAUACAGACAAACAGUACUUUGAUGACGUGCGUAACAAAAUGGGGCUUCCCUCAAAAAUCAGCCCCAAGGUAUGCACACCCCGUCUACAUGGAUACACAACUCCCCGUGCCCAAUACCCCCACAUCCUCCAACAUUAUCCUACAGCCGGCGCUAACCACCUCAAUGCGUUGGUUAAAAAAAAAAAAAAAAAGAUAAGAAAAAAAACGUAUCCAUAAAAAACAAACACCACUUCAAGCCGUUUUUGGUCAUCAUCGAAACUCUGCCUUUGGGUCUUCAAAGAGGAAAAAAAAACAAAUCUUGUAAUCCCUUUUUAAGUACUAGAUGUCUCAAAGAUAGAAAAACGAAAACCUUUUUUCCUCUGUCAGUUUCUUCUUCAAGUAUUACUACAUUUCUGAUGAAUCUCUCUCUCUCUCUCUCGCGCUCUCUCUCUCUCUCCCUCUCUCUCUUUCCCUCUCUCCCUCUCUCGUGCGCACUCUCCCUCUUGCGCGCUCUCUCGAUAUCUCGAUAUCUCUCUCGCUCUCUAUGAUGUGAUAAUCUAAAGACAAUGAUGAUUUUGAUGACAAUGACAAUGAUGCACUUAGUGGCAAAAAAAACCUCCUCUGAAUGACUCUCCUCCCUAAAUAGCAACUGUACCAAAACCUCUCCUCCUCUCUUCCUCCCUCUCUUUCUCACUUUCCCUCUCUCCACUGAGUUGAAGAUGAGAGGAGAUGCUCCUAUGCUUAACCAUAUAUAAGAACAGGGUGUGUAAGGGGGGUUUUCUUGAAGGCUGGCGCAGUCACCUCCUUUAAGGGUGAAUGGGUUGGUGGGUAUACACUAAAGGGGAUUUACACGUCACAUGUAGCGUGGCCUUGCCAAACGUAAGCUACAGUCCAAAAUAUUUUCCUACCACGUUAACGUCUGGGCUUGGAGUUUUCGGAAAGCUUUAGUCUUGUUACCAGACAACUGGCCAAUCUACAAACUGGGGAGGGAUGAGUGAGGGGGAUACACAUUUCAAACUUCAACAACAGAGUCCACACCUCUCACUAGUAAUUGCUUUUCAAUGUUACGACCCAUUGCUUUAGCGAUUGGGUGAAGUAAGACGCGCAUUUCAAAUUUCAACGGAGUUCACUCCUCCCUCCACUAAACGCUUCUCAAUUCAGUCGUUCCAGACCCUCUGUACUGAUUAAAUCACUACAAGGGCAUGGUAAGACCAGGGUAGUUUACGCGAUGGCCCAGUUUUAAACUCCAAAGUAGCUAUAAUGCUGUAAGGAGAAAUGCUCCAUUUUCAUUUACUAUACAAAUAGCAGAGUGCCUGUCUUAUGUUUGGCUACAUGGGUGCAUUUCUUGAAACCAUAGUUGUAAUGCAAUUUCCUAUUAUCAUCUAUGGAAGUUGCUAACUGGCUUGCAGCAUAACUCUGGGGUGCAUUUAUAGAAACCAUAGUUGCUACUUCCAUUUGCUACUUUGUUGGUUGCAAAGCAGUUUCCCACUGUCAGCUGCCCAAGUUGCUGACAGGGUAGCAACUAAGCUUUCGAGAAACACAACCCAGAUUUCUUAGGUAACCGGCAUCGUAGUAUAGCCCAUCACCUGCAGCAUGUUAACUAGGAACAAGUGGUAGACCUUUAACGAGAGCGUGAUGGAUAGCUUGGUAAACUAGACAAGUCGUCCUUCCAUCACCACACUCUAGUGCUGUUUACACAUGAGGGUAUUUUGAUAAACAAAUAUUUUUCUUCUCUGUCUGUUUUUCUAUUUUUGUAUACAAACGUUAAACCAGAAUUUAAAAAAAAAUCUCAGUGUUAACUAGGGGUGCACAAUUCAUCAAAAUUAAUCGAAAAGGGUAAUUUCGGCCACAAUGACUAAUAAUCGUGGCCACGACUAUAUAAUCGUGAUCGCACAGGGAGUAAUAUGCAUUUACUUAUAGGCGUUCUUGAAGCCAGAACAUGUAAACAGGCUGGUAUUUCCGACCAAAAAUCUGUAGGCCCACCCAAGCUUCAUGCAUUUGCCUUUUUACAAAAUAAUUACAAGUUUUAAUAAUGAUUAAUAAUUAUUAAUUGAUAAUUACAGUUUUAUUUUGUUCAUCACUUAUAUAAUGCAUCCUUUGUCAUAUUUCAUGUUAUGUUAAACAUUCUGCACCGCACAAAAUUCAGUUUAUUGUUAUUCCAUAAUCGUGAUUUCAAUUUUAACCCAAAUAAUCGUGAUGAUCAUUUUUUUCCAUAAUUGUGCAGCCCUAGGGUAAACGGGAAAAAAAUCUGUUUCAAAAUACCUCUGUGUUUUAAACGAAAGGCACAAACGACGGUCUUCGUUUUUGAAAAUAUCCAGGUAUAUGUAUGCAACAUGUCUAUCUGGGUUGCUUUUGUUUGAAUCUGUGUCGAGUCGUUUAGGAAGGGACUACCACGAUGACAUGGCAGUGCUGGCCUAUUACAUGAAGUGACAUCAGUUAGAAUGUCAUCCGCUGACUAUUCUUGCUUGCCAGGCUAGCUUGUGGAUUUAUUAGCUUAGGAACUGAAGACUGAUUUAUGGCUCACACUUUUGUUAUUCGUUUACCUCUAUGGGUUGGUCACUAUGCCACUUAUUUGGAAUACCCCCCUGUGUGUGUGUAUGCGUGUGCAUGCGUGUGCGAGUGUUUGUGGUGUAAGGGUCCAGGCUAGUCUGGGGUGGGGUGUUGAAAGGUGGCUGCUGGUCCAGUCACCCCACUGUCUUUCCCACUCCUACCCCGAACACGGCCCUGUCCCAACCCACACUCACUCAUUCUUCACGCGUCCUGGCUGUCUGUUGCUUCUUACCUUUGCUUUUUUUCCCCUCGUCUUUUUUCCCCUUUCUCCUUCCAGUUGUUCCCCAACACGUAUUUGCUGGAAUCAUACUAUAUACUUUUGUUCACUUUUUCCUCAUUUUAUGGGAAAAAGUGCGGGUCUCUUCCACAAACAAACAAACAAAAAAAAGAAACCUCUUUUGCUCUUCUCAGUUUGACAGCCAAAAAACACAUUUGGGCUCAUGCAUUUUUAUUUCCAAGCUGCUGAAAUAUAUAUAAUUAUGAAUAAAUAUAUAUAUUUUUCAUAUGUUACAAAGAAGAAAAAACAUGUUAGUGUGGGGAAAAAUAACCAGGUCUAUUUUGUAUUGGUGUCCUUUUUUAUUAUUUAAUAUCUGAUAUUACUGUAGUGUGAUUGUGUAUAGACAUCCAUUUCCUUUUUUUUUUUCUUGGAGUGAAAAUAUUUGGGGAAUCUUGCUGCUGAAUGGGUCACGACGAAGAGGGAACGGUGCCCCCCAAAAAACUGUUGCUACGGAGAUUGUUCCAGCAACCACUAAGGGUGCAAAUAGUUUCCCCAAACUCUGGUGCCUUCCUAUGCCCUCAGAGCUCAUGCCUCAUUGUCAACUUGGGUACAGUCAGUUUUAUAUUUGACAUUCAUUUAACAUUCAAAAUACAAACGUGAUCUAUCUAGGGGGACCUUAUCGCACAUGAGGACAUUUGUCUGUCAGUUGGUUCAAAAAUGUUUUCGGCAUUUAAUGAAAUGCAGACCUAAUAGGAGAUGCGGUUGUGUAGAUGACUGUAUACCUUUCUUAUUUGUGAGUAGUGCAUUUUUCUGGUACAUCAUGUUUUUGUAUUUUGAAUGCUAAACGAAAGUCCAAUACGAAACUGACUUUACCCAAGUCAACAGCGAGGCAUGAGGUCAGAGGACUGAGGAAAAGGAUGUGAGUUUGGGGAAUUGAUCAGCACCCUAAACUUAACCAGUAGCGGGAGAGGUCAGGGGUCAUGGAGGAGGGGGAGGAGCUUCCUCAUUACCUUUGUAGAAAAAACAAAACCAACAAACAGGAGCACAGGUGCUUCGUGUCCAAAAAAAAAAAAAAGAAAACAAAAAAACUUACUAGCAUGUUCAGCUGCAUCAUGUUCCUUUGGCACUGUAUUUUGAAUGAACAUUAAUUUAUUAAAAAAGAAAAAACAUGCAUAAAAUGUGUCUGAAGCCUGUGCCUCUUUGUUUAAGGGCUAAUCUGUGAGAUUUUUUCUUUGUUUUCUUCAGACUUUCCAGAAAAAGAUAAGUGACAAUGCUUGUGAGUUAAAAAUGUUAAGUUUGAUUUGUUGAAGUAUUGGUAAAGAUUGUGGAUAGAA